CAAAAACCUUUUAAAACGCGGUUUUGUUUUAUAUGGUCAAAGAUGUAGUGACCAGGCUGGUUCACAACAUAUAACCCUGAAUCCCGAAUUCACAAAAGUUGGGCUCCACCUUCGCAGAGUGUCUUUGACUCUUUGCCAUAUUGGGCCCAAUGAGAAAUCAAGCGCCAAGACCCACCGGCAAUUUGUCUACAAACGACGUCGUUUACACUUGAUUUAUUUUACCUUGUGGCGAUAUAAUAUUUUCGUUUGAAGCGCCAAAAAUGCAUAAAAAGAGGGUUUAUUAUUAAAAUUUACUUAACCCCUACUCUUUGCAAACCCCCUUUCCUUCUAUUUGAAAAAAAGAAAAUUAAAAAAAAAACUGAAUCAUCAAUCCAGGAACUCUUGGAUUCUGGUGAAACUUUCACAUGGAGAUUGGGUCGAGUUCAGUAGUUCCCUGCUCUAAAGAGCACCAGAAGAUCUAUCAGGAGUGGUUCAACGUAGCAGAUUCAGACGGUGAUCGCCGUAUUACUGGCAACGACGCCACGAAGUUUUUCUCCAUGUCUACACUUUCUCGUACGGAACUGAAGCAGGUGUGGGCCCUUGCGGACACUAAGCGGCAAGGGUUUCUAGGUCUUACUGAGUUCAUUACUGCAAUGCAGCUUGUUUCAUUAGCACAAGCAGGUCAUGAAUUAACUCCAGAAAUUCUUAAAAGUUCAGUUGUCAAAGAGGACCUUCCACUUCCGGUGAUGAAAGGCUUGGAUACUUUAGUAGCUAAAACUAAAGCCCCACCAACACAUACUCAGACUCAGCCGGAUCCAUAUGGAAUUGUUCAGCCUCAGCCAACUCAAUGGUAUCCUUCAAAAUCUGUUAAAAAGUUGCCUCUUAAUGCUGUUACAUCCAUAAUUGAUGGCUUAAAAAGAUUGUAUACUGAAAAGCUAAAGCCACUUGAAGUUGCCUAUCGUUUUAAUGAUUUUGUAUCACCUUUACUGACUAGUAGUGACUUUGAUGCUAAACCCAUGGUCAUGUUAUUGGGUCAGUAUUCAACUGGGAAAACAACAUUUAUAAAGCAUAUGUUAAAGUGUGACUACCCAGGAGCUCAUAUUGGGCCAGAGCCUACAACAGAUAGAUUUGUUGUUGUAAUGUCUGGGCCUGAUGAGAGAAGUAUUCCUGGGAACACAAUAGCUGUUCAGGCUGACAUGCCUUUCAGUGGCCUAACAUCGUUUGGAGGGUCAUUUUUAUCAAAAUUUCAGUGUAGCCAAAUGCCACAUCCUUUGCUUGACGAAAUUACAUUUGUGGAUACUCCUGGUGUACUAUCUGGAGAAAAGCAACGGACACAACGAAGCUAUGAUUUCACUGGUGUUAUAUCCUGGUUUGCUGCAAAAUGUGAUCUUAUUCUUCUCCUGUUUGAUCCCCAUAAACUUGAUAUUAGUGACGAAUUUAAACGUGUAAUUUCGUCUCUGCGUGGUCAUGAUGACAAGAUUCGCGUGGUUCUCAAUAAGGCAGAUCAAGUUGACACGCAACAGCUCAUGAGAGUAUAUGGAGCUUUGAUGUGGUCACUUGGAAAAGUUUUGAAUACACCAGAGGUUUCGCGUGUUUAUAUUGGCUCAUUCAACGACAAACCUGUUAAAGAAUCAGCUCUAGGCCCUAUGGGCCAAGAACUCUUUGAAAAAGAGCAAGAUGAUCUCCUGGCAGAUUUGGUUGAUAUUCCAAAGAAGGCUUGUGACCGUCGGAUCAAUGAAUUUGUGAAACGUGCCCGAGCGGCUAAGAUGCAUGCUUACAUAAUUAGUCAUCUCAAGAAAGAGAUGCCGGCCAUGAUGGGUAAAGCUAAGACGCAACAACGGCUUAUUGAUAAUCUUGAAGAUGAGUUUGCGAAGGUCCAAAGAGAGUUUCAUUUGCCGCCUGGUGAUUUUCCAAAUGUUGAGCAUUUUAGAGAGGUCUUGAAUGGUUACAGCAUUGACAAAUUUGAGAAACUGAAGCCUAAAUUGAUCCAAGGUGUAGAUGAUAUGCUCGGUUAUGAAAUUCCAGAACUCCUGAAAAAAUUUAGGAAUCCUUAUGACUAAAAUAAUUGUUAGGUGAUUUUUGUACUCUAUGAUAUUGAAAAAAGAAAAAAAAAAUUGUUAGGUGGUAUUACAAUUUACAAAGGAAUGUGUAUUGGUUUAUUUUGAGUUAGUUUCUCGAAUUUAAUUCAAAAACGUUUUAUUGUGUUCCAAUAUAAAGCUCCUUUUUUCUUGCUAAUUGCCAUGAAGAUACUAGUCCUUUUCUUGUACACCCUAUACCAUGUCAAAUAUUAUCCCAUUUAUAGUAAAAUAUUCUGUUAUGCUGUGAGUACUGUUAUUGAA